CCCAAAACACACUUGAGGCUCAUGUACCCGAAAUUGUGUGACAGCUCGCAACGCCGGAUCUGAGAUGCAGAGAGCGCUAAGAAUUUACGGGGAGGUCCUCCGGUUGGUGAGGCGUCUUCCGGCUGACUCCAGGCCUUACUACGCUAAAUACGCCCGAGAAAACUUCGUCAAUUAUAGAGAGGUUGAUGCCGAUGAUUCUGCAGCCCUCGACGAGCUCUUCCUUCGCGCUUACAAUCACUCUCUCUGGGUGCUUAAUAAGUAUACUGUUGAUCAAGCUGCGGCGAGUAAGCUGAAGGAGAUAUGUGGUGGGGCAUGAUGUGUUUUUGUUGUACGCCAACUGUUCGAUGAAAUUCCACACAGAGUCUAGUUCUGAAUCCUCUUGUUAUAUACUUGGAUACAUUAUGUUUUUGUUUAAUGUACUAAUACGUAUGAUUUCCCUACAAGACAAUUGCAGCUGGGUUUUCAUCAGAUCAUAAUACGGUAACAAAUAAUACUCCAAGGAUGAUCAACUAUACAUGAGCUUUCUCAAAUUAGAUGCUAUUAGUGUGUCCUCUAAUGGCUUGAUCAGUUUAUGUUGCUUCGUUAAAUUGGGUAUACUUAUCUUAUUCCUUAAUGUGAUUAAGCUUAUCAUUUAUGACCUGCUAAUCAACUGGUUCUAGCAUACCAAUUUGCAAGUAGGCAUGCCAAGCAGCCAUGACGAACCUUCAUCGCAUAAUUUGAGAUUGAAUUCGAUUCAAGGUCAGUUUCUGUUCAUAAGAACUCGACUCUAAUUUUUACUAAGCUUUUCGAGUCUCGUGUAUACGUUUGUACGUGGUUGAUAACUAAUAUAAAACUGAAGUAUGUUUGUAUGCUUAAUCGACUAAAUCCAUACUUUACUUGGAUUUCUUUA